AUGACUGUCUUCGUGGCUACUCUCUUCCUACCCUAUACCAUCAACUUUGAUGCACCUUCAAGCUCUCCUCCUCCAGAGCGCGCAGAAGUGCCAAAGCCACCAUCGACCUUUUCUCAAAGUACCGUCCCACAGACCCCCCUGCCCGAUGGCCAAAGUGUGAGCUUAUUCACACCUGCCCCUGGCAUUGGUGCUGGUAUCGGUCAAAGCCCAAGUGCUUUGAUUCAAACUCCAGGUGCAACAACCGACCAUGAAAAGAUCUUCCUUCCUCACGUCGACCGGCCCAUCAGUCUGACUCUCCCUCGAACCAACCAAACGUCUCGACCUGCACUGGCACGAGAUCCUCGAGCGAUUUCCCGCCAUGAUCUCCAUUCCCCGGGUUGGGGCAAGACCAUUGGAUGGAAUCAACCUCCCUCACGUGCGAAGUCGCCCCCUCCGAGCUCGAUCUUGAAGCAUGCGGCGGCCGAGGCCAAGGACAAAGCUGAUAAGGCUGCGGCAGCUGCCAUGUCCACCUUACAAACUAAGAGGGGGCGGCAACACAAAAGAACAAGGACGUUCAGUCAUGAACGACGGUUCUCAGAAUACAACUACACGGUAGAACGGGCACUCCUGGGAAAUGGAGGGCUCUUCAAUGCCAUCGAUGCUGCAGCUGAAGCCGGGAGUCUAGAAGAGAAGACCUGGGUUGGGACUCUGGGAUGUCCGGUCGAUGUACUGGAUGAUCCUCUCAAGGAAAACAUUGCAGAAAAGUUGGAGAAUGACUACGACUCGUUGACGGUCUAUGUCAGCGACAGCGAUCUCAAUGGCCAUUACGAGCAUUACUGCAAGACCAUCCUUUGGCCCGUCUUCCAUUACCAAAUACCAGAUCACCCGAAAAGCAAGGCGUAUGAAGACCAUUCAUGGGUCUUCUAUGUCAAGGUCAACGAGGCGUUCGCCGAUCGCAUCGCAAAGAACUACAAGAAAGGAGAUGUGAUUUGGAUUCACGACUACCACCUCCUGCUGGUGCCUGGUCUGCUGCGCCAACGGCUGCCAGAAGCGGAAAUCGGCUUCUUCUUGCAUACAGCCUUCCCAUCUUCGGAGAUUUUCCGAUGUCUGGCCGUGCGAAGCGAGCUUUUGGAAGGGAUUCUUGGAGCCAACAUGAUCGGAUUUCAAACGGACGAAUACUGUCAUCAUUUCCUGCAGACAUGCAGUCGCUUGCUCAAUGUUGAAGCUACCAAGUACGGAGUCAUUCUCGAAGACGGACGAUUUGUCCAUGUCAGCACGUGCCCCGUCGGUAUUGACCCCAAGUCCCUGGAGCAGCAACGUCGCCUGCCCGAAGUCUCUGAAUGGGUGCAAAUCAUUCUAGACAAGUAUCGUGGGAAACAGAUCAUCGUGGCCCGAGACAAGCUGGACAACAUUCGUGGAGUGCGGCAGAAGAUUCUAUCAUACGAACUGUUCCUCAACAAAUAUCCCGAGUACAAGGACAAGGUUGUUCUGAUCCAAAUUGCUACCUCUUCCACUGAGGACCCCGAAUUGAGUGCCACAGUGGCCGACAUUGUCACGCGGGUCAAUUCCAUCCAUUCGACCUUGGCUCAUCAGCCAUUGGUGUUUUUGAAGCAAGAUAUUGAUUUUGCGCAGUAUCUGGCCCUUCUUACUGUUGCAGAAUGCCUGAUGAUCACCAGUUUACGAGAAGGAAUGAACCUGACAAGCCACGAGUUCGUCAUCUGUCAGGAUGGCCAAUUUUGCGACGCCAAGUACGGACCAUUAAUCCUUAGUGAGUUUACAGGUUCGGCUACUGUCUUUGGCCACAACGCCAUUCUGGUCAAUCCAUGGCACUACAGCCAAUGUGCCGCGGCAAUCAAGCAAGCCCUUGACAUGCCUCUUCCGGAGAAGGAACGUCGGUGGAAGGCUAUGCACGAUAUUGUCGUGAAGCAAAAUGCAGUGGAGUGGUUCGAUACCUACACCAAGGCGUUAGACCGUGCCUGGAAAGAACAUUCCAUUCGCGACUCCACGUCUGUACCGCGCCUGUCGUUGUCUUCGGUCAAACCGAAAUAUCUCAAAGCUGAGAAACGCCUGAUCAUUCUUGACUAUGAGGGCACUUUGGCGUCAUGGGGAUCUCCCACAGACAUCAUUCUGACCACUCCCAAGAGAUCCAUCGAUGUGUUGAAUGAUCUGAUCGAGGACAAGAAAAACACCGUCUAUGUGAUGAGCUCUCGCAUGCCGGAGGAAAUGGAACGACUGUUCAGUCCUGUUAGUGGGCUCGGGAUGAUUGCAGAGAACGGCGGAUUCUUGCUCGAGGCCGGCUCGGACGAAUGGGAGGAGUUGGCCAACCUUGAACACUUCAAGAACUGGAAAGGUGGCCUUAGGAGUAUUCUCCAAUACUACGUGGAGAGAAUCGAGGGUAGCAAGAUUGAGGAACGACAUUGCUCUUUGAUCUUCGACUACAGCGACGCUGACGAUCGUGCGGGAGCCUUCAAGCAGGCGGGAGAGUGUGCCAAUCAUAUCAACGAUGCGUGCCGUGACCAAAACGUCAACUGCGUCCCAAUCGAAGAUGGACUGUUCAUUUCCGAGAUGGAAGUCAACAAGGGAUUGGCGACCCAGAUGAUCAGUGACCGGAUGGAGAAGAGCGGGAUGGGGCUACCGGAAUUCCUCUUGGUCAUUGGGGAUUCUCGAGAGGAUGAAUAUGCGUUCAACUGGGCACAUAAGCUGGAGAAAGCAGGCAAAAUACGAGAUGUGGUGACUGUGACUCUUGGUGCCAGAAGCACCGAAGCUUCGGCCACAUUGACUCAGGGCGUGACUGGUAAGUUUGAUGGGUCGUCUGGAUAUUUGAAGCUUCGCUAA